AGAGAGGUGGUUAAGAGCAAAAGCAGUCAAUGCGGAAGUAUGGCAACUUUAUGAGUAGGGGGUGAGGCUACUGCAUCUCCACCCCAAAAGCAGAGAUACAGAGAAAGUUACUUUCUGUUGUGUAAGUGGAAUGUACUUUCAGGUGAAAUAGAUCUGGUAUGUGUAGGUGUGGCCGUGAGAGAAGCAGGAAGAGACGCAGUUCCACCAUUCUGGAAGAGAAAGCUAUAUGUUUAUUUUAUAUGCGUGUGUAUAUAUAUCUAACAUAUAUAUAUAUAUAUACACACACACACGCAACCUGUAACCUUGUCUCCAAGAAACACCUGACUUAAGCGAAACAAUUCACAGGACUCUGAACUUUUGGCUACUUGUGAAAUCAGAAGAGUGGCGAAAACAAGUUUCCUGUUGUCCCUACCUCUGUCUCAGCUGUUUGGCUAACCUACUUGUAUGUGUUCUUGGAAGAAGCAUUUUCGUGCCUUGCCUUGUUGUCAGAAAACCCGGCUGAGCUUCUGCCAUCAAAUUGAGUCUGUGGUUGUUCUAUAUGAAUUAGAAUUGGGUCUACUGUCAACCAAAGAAGACAUGAAGGAAGAGAAGAUAUCUUUUCUCAUCUAUUUCUUUCAUGUAUGCUCUACAGUUUGGGGUUCUGGAGAACAGAAAACAGUAAUGGGACAGUUUUCUAGAGAUUGCAUCCUGCCUUGCCUUUUUCCACCUGGUGAUGAUGUAGUAAUUUACUGGAAGAAAAAGGACAAAAAUGUGCACAGCUACUACUACCAGAGGGAUCAACUAGGAAGCCAAGACAUGGACUACAGAAACAGAACACUCCUUUUUCACGAGGACAUUGGUAGUGGAAAUGCCUCCUUGAAACUUAGUAACCUGACCUUUACUGAUGAGGGCCUUUAUCAUUGCUAUGUGGGGACAAAGCAAGCUAAAGCAGAAGAGGAUAUCAUGCUGCACGUAAAAGUUUCCUCUUAUUAUGCACUGGAAUACCAAAAGACAGACACAGAAAGGAUGCUGAAGUGCUCUGCCUUUCUUUCUUAUCCUGUGCCACGUAUAACUUGGACACAGGGCAAUACAUUAAUCCAACAAACAGAUCCGGAGGAAACCAAGGUUGGAAUUCUCUAUACUGUUAGAAGUGACCAGAACAUUACAAACACGUCUGCCCCCUACCAGUGUCAUAUUCACCUCUCUCAUGAGAAAUGGACUGCUGAAUGGAAGAUGGAAGAGCAACUGUCCAAUGUGGAAGGAAAUAGCACUGCAAUUCCUUGUGAAUACAUUGAUAACACUUCUUCACAUGCUGAAGGUUUCAGCGUUGUCUGGACAAUACACAGAUAUGCAGUCGUUUCAGUCCUGGCCUCUUUCAAUGGUACAUCUCACUCUUACCAGCCCCGAGUCCAAAUUAACCAAACUGACUUUUCACUGAUGUUAAGUGAUCUUACUGCAAACGACAGUGGAGAAUAUCUCUGUAAUAUUUCAACACCUCACUACACAAAACUUAUUGUGAGAACUUUGCAUGUUGAAAAUUCAGAUACCACCUGGAAGAUUGUGUUAGGAGUGAUCAUUCUAGUGGCUGUGAUAGCAGCCUGCAGCUGUUUCUACUUCAAGCUGUUCCCGUUCAUUGAAAAAACUUAGAUGCCAAAAGCUUGAAAGAAUUUAGGCAAGAUUCCCUUAACCUGGGACUUUUUGACACCUUUAACACACCAUAAUCAGAGGAAGCAGAACAGCCUACAGGUUAACACAGUUUCUGUUACACUGAUGGAGGCAUGGAUGGAAGAAACAGGAAUGUUUCUGUGCUUUAACAUGGAUGCUUCUUUUACUCAGCUAAUGUUGAAACAGAAAAUACUCUUACCUCUAUAAGGAACAAGUCUUUUUCUAUUCCAACCAGAAGAUUAAUUUUACACAUCGCUAGUUCUUACAAACAUUUUUGCUUUGACUAGAAUUUCAGGAAUAGAGGAGGAGUCAUCUGAGCACCUUGAUGUACCAGAAGGAAAAACCCUCUCUGCAAACACAGAUGCUCCU